AUGAAGGUCCCAGUUCUUCCUGCUGUGGUUCUUCUCUCCCUUCUGGCGCUCCACUCUGCUCAGGGUGCCUCCCUGGGUACUUCCGAGGAAGAAACCACCAUUGGUAACUAUGCGGCAGGCCCUGAGGCUUUUAAGCCCGAUGAGUUCCUGAACUGGCACGCCCUCUUUGAGUCUAUCAAAAGGAAACUUCCGUUCCUCAACUGGGAUGCCUUUCCAAAGCUGAAGGGUUUGAGGAGUGCAACUCCUGACGCCCAGUGA